AUGAAGAAAAACCUUGAAGUCUUCGAUUUCAACGAAGAGGACGAGCUCGCUGAGUCAGCAUCUGGAAAGUUGUUGGAAAAAUUCACAAACCCUAGCCCGUCCCUUUCUCCCGUUCUUCAACGCCAACGAAUCCAAAGCUUUUGCCAAGACAAAUCUGCUCAGAAGGAAGAAGUGGAAGAAGGUGAAAGAUGUGUUGAGGCUGCUACUGUUAUAGUCGAUGGUCAUCAUGUAGAUGCUUCUGCUUUAGUAACAGAAGCUGAGGAGUCAAGUAAAGAUCAUUUAACUGAGAGAGAUGUUGAUCAUGUUAAUCCUGGAUUGGUUUUUGGUUUGAAUACCGAAGAUGACAAUGCAAAAGAAGCAGCAGAUGAAGAUCAUGAUAAUCAUGGAUUAAUGUUUGGUUUGAGUACUGAAGAUCAUGUUAAAGAAACAGAUGUAGAUCUGGGAAGUUUCUCUUGCCAGCUGAGCUCGCCCCUUUCGGAUUCUUCGUCCAGUGAGGAGAAAACUGAUAUGAUGUCAGCUAUUGAUGAAAGCUUGAGUGAUCGAUCCGCGUUGAGUGACGCUUCUGAUUCGGAAAGUGAUGAAGAUUGGAUGGCUGAACGUUUCUUGGAUGAUAUUGAAAAGAUCGACAGAAGCACGGCUGUUAUCAUGAUUCCAGAGUAUGUUGUACUUAAGGAUAUGCCUUGUGCUGCAUCCCUGGUAAUCUUUUCAUGCAAUGGCAUCAAAAUAAAGAGUUACCUUGAAAAUAAUGAAGACGAGCCACACUCUUGUGAAUUUGGAGUUGAAGACAUAGUUAGUAUUCAGUACAAUUGGUACCAAAAUGUUGGACUGAUCAUCCUCAGAAUUCGAGUUUUAUUAAAGGAUGAAAAAUGCCAGGAAGAUAUGCAACAGACCACAGACAUUGAGGAGUUAAAGUUUGCAGUUAAAGAACACAAUUGGCCUGAGAAACAACGACAAAUCAACUCGCUGCAUGUGAAAUACCCGGCUAUAUGGAGUGCCGACCUCGAUGAUGACGUGGAAGUAUCAGGGGAAAACUUGCAUCAACAGAAGCGUUAUUUUCCACGCUUUGAUGACCCAUUUGAGGAAGUUAUCUAUCCAAAGGGAGAUCCAGAUGCUGUUUCCAUUUGCAAAAGAGAUGUUGAGCUCUUGCAGCCAGAGACAUUUGUAAAUGACACAAUCAUUGACUUCUAUAUUAAUUAUUUGAAGCAUCAAAUUCAAGCGGAGGAAAGACAGAGAUUCCAUUUCUUCAACAGCUUUUUCUUCCGUAAACUUGCUGAUCUCGACAAAGAUCCAUCGAGUAUAGCUGAUGGAAAGGCUGCUUUUCUACGCGUCCGGAAAUGGACAAGGAAGGUGGACAUGUUUGGGAAGGACUACAUUUUUGUGCCGGUGAACUUCAAUCUUCACUGGAGUUUAAUAAUCAUAUGUCACCCCGGUGAAGUGGCUAACUGUACAGAUUUAGAAUUCGAUGAGUCCACAAAAGUUCCAUGCAUAUUACAUAUGGAUUCUAUAAAAGGGAGUCAUGCAGGGCUUAAGAAUCUAGUCCAAACUUACCUGUGCGAGGAAUGGAAGGAGAGGCAUAAGGAUACCUCGGAUGAUAUUUCUUCCAGAUUCAUGAAUUUGCGUUUUGUCUCACUUGAGCUGCCACAGCAAGAAAACUCAUAUGAUUGUGGCCUGUUUCUACUGCACUAUCUGGAGCUAUUUCUGGCUGAAGCUCCCCAGAAUUUUAGUCCUUUCAAGAUAUAUAAUGCUUCCAACUUUCUCUAUUUGAACUGGUUUCCUCCUGCCGAGGCCUCAUUGAAGCGUACUCUAAUUGAGAAGUUAAUUUUUGAACUCCUUGAAAACCGUUCACGGGAAGUUAAUAAUGAACAGAACCAGUCGUGCGAAAGUCCAGUUCCCCUUAAUAACAAUACGGGAAUGGAGGUUCUCUCUGGGAGAGGGGGUGUAGACUGUAACGGGAGUAUGACACAGAGGCAAGACGAUCAAGGAAUUGAAAUGACGUUGCUUGAAAGAUCUUCCAUGAGAAACAUGCAAGCUGUUAAUGAUUCCAAUAUGGUUCUGAGGGAUUUAUUCGAUUCAGGAGCCAACAACACGGGAUCAUUACUUGGACAACUACAACAAACAUUCGAGGAACCAUCUUCAUUUUAUCAUCUGGGUAACAACUCAUCGGCAACAGAGCAAGUAGAUAUGGAGACUGGUGAACAGUUUAUGUGUCUGAACUCUGGAGAAGGCAACUUUCAACGCAUCAAUGGAACUGUAUCUGCGAGAGAAUCUUCAUGGAACCUAAGUAUGAUGCCGGUGCAGGAGGAAGGUGAGGCUGAUUCGUUAUCUGAAACCGCAAAAAGUGCUUCUAGUGAUUCAGAAGAUAUUUGUAUCAUUGAAGACUACCGAAUGCCAAUGGAAACUUUUUAUGAUGGAGAAACCAGUGAGAGUCCCCCAAGAGAGGCUGUCUCGUUAUUUUCUGCAACCCUGGGUCCUAGCACUGACCACAACACCGAGAAUGAAGAGCUCCCAUCUACUCACGACAAGCUUGUGGUUGUGUCGAGUCAAGAUGACAGAGACGAGGCGAAACAAUUGGAGAGUGAUGAUCUUGGAAUAGAGCUCGAGACGAAUGAAGAUCUUGAAACUAGGGACAAGUCGAGUGAUGCUCUUGGAAUUGGAGACAAACCGAGUGAUGAUCUUGGAAUGGUGGACAAGUCGAGUGAUCCUCUUGGAAACGGGGAGAAGACGAUUGAAGAUCUUGGAACUGAGGACAAGCUGAGUGAAGAACAUGAAGUUAAGGACAAGACGAGUGAAGAUCUUGGAACUGAGGACAAGACGAGUGAAGAUCUUGGGGAUGAUUGUGAUCAGAAGGAGAAAGAGCCAAUGGAGGAAGAAGACGAAGAGCGAGCUGCAAAACGUCCAAGGCUAUCUUCCACAGACGAAGCUGAGGAGAUGGAGGAAUAAUGAUAUUGUGAUAUGUGUAACUUGUCUUGGGACUUUGAUAGUUAGACUUGGAUGAUUUAUUAUCAACUCGAGUCGUUUUGUUAAAAUGUUUAUAUCUUUUAGGAAAGAAAAAUGUCUUUCACCGUUUUUUUUUAAUUCAGGUUAUAUUAACCUUUUCAUAUUAUAUAAAACUAGGUGUUGUGCCCAUCAUGCGGGCAUAAUAUUCUUACCAAUAUCAAUCAACAUAUAUUAUUCUUA